AUGGGAACGCGGGCAGGUGGUGUGAAAGAUUGUGGGGAUACUGUUAUAUUUUUCGGUGUGGAUUUCCUUUUCUCCGUUCAGCUACCCACAGAUAACGGGGUUUCAGCUUAUAAGUGUCUGCCACAUACUGCGCCGCAGCAUAGUCACCUCGUGGACGAUCUGGCCAUCAUGUCUGGAGCAAUUGGCUUCGUUGUGCUUCUGCUUGUCUGCUCGCCGAGCUGGGGUGUCAAUCCGCAGGACUAUAUUCAUUCCCAAGGAGCAACUGUAUGGGGAUUCUGGGGCAGGACAGAGUCAUGCCAAAAUGGGUCUUAUGCCUAUGGUUUUGAAAUUUCGGUCGAGCCAGAAGUCGGGUCACUCGACGACGAUUCCAGCCUAAACGCCAUACAGCUGUUCUGUCGCACUCCUGAAGGCGCACACACCGGGGAGAUCACGUCAGACACCAUGGACCGAGGAGUGUGGACCGGUUCCCAUCACUGCCACGGCGGAUAUCUCAGAGGAUACGAUCUCAAGAGCCAUGCUGACGUAGGCGCCAUAGGAGACAACACCGCGGCUAACGGCCUGAAGAUGUGGUGCGGGGGGGAGGAGGCGCCGAUGGAGGCCCCCGGGAACAAAUGGGGAGAGUGGCUAGGCCCUUCCUACUGCAAGGAGGGUUACGUCAUCUGUGGCAUUAUGACGCGCGUGCAGUCCAAUCAGGGAACCUUUGGUGAUGAUACGGCCCUGAAUGAUGUUAAGUUCCUGUGCUGCCAGUUGUAGAUUUCGGUGUUUAUUAUUAUUAUUAUUAUUAUUAUUAUUAUUAUUAUUAUUAUUAUUAUUAUUAUUGUUACUUUUUUGUAUCAGUUUUAAUAUCUCAAUUCUUUGAUUUUUUUUUUCUUUGGCU